AUGGCUCCCAUAUGGACUGCGCUGUGUGCGUUGACUCUCGGCCAGGCUGUACUGGCUGCACCUCAGCUGGCGGCUCGAGCCACCAGUAGCUUGGAUACUUGGCUUGCAUCGGAGACUGCUGUUGCACGACAGGGCAUUCUCGAUAACAUUGGGGCAGGCGGCGCGUAUGCUGCCAGUGCAAAGGCGGGCAUCGUGAUUGCCAGUCCCAGCACCGACAGCCCAGAUUACUACUAUACUUGGACCCGUGACUCGGCCCUGACCUUGAAGGUCAUGAUCGAUCUUUUCAAGAAUGGCGAUACUGAACUGCUCGAUGUCAUCGAAGAAUACAUCAGUGCCCAGGCCUAUCUUCAGACAGUCUCCAACCCGUCGGGCUCUCUCUCCAGUGGUGGUCUUGGUGAGCCCAAGUUCAACGUUGACGAGACCGCAUUCACUGGCUCUUGGGGACGUCCUCAGCGUGAUGGCCCCGCUCUCCGAGCCACUGCUCUGAUUGGAUUCGGACAGUGGUUGAUUAAUAAUGGAUACACCACUCAAGCAACGAACAUUGUCUGGCCAAUCGUUCGCAAUGAUCUAUCCUACGUGGCACAGUACUGGAACAACACUGGCUAUGAUCUUUGGGAAGAAGUCAGCGGCUCGUCCUUCUUCACCAUUGCAGUGCAACAUCGUGCUCUCGUAGAAGGCAGCAAGUUCGCCUCCCAAGUUGGCUCCUCCUGCUCCUACUGCGACUCCCAGGCACCCCAGAUUUUGUGCUUCCUGCAGUCCUUCUGGACCGGCUCCUACACAUUGGCCAACUUUGGUAGUAGCCGCACAGGCAAGGAUGCCAACACUCUUCUUGGUAGCAUUCAUACCUUUGACCCUGAAGCCGGCUGUGAUGACACGACUUUCCAGCCCUGCUCUGCUCGAGCCUUGGCCAAUCACAAAGUUUUGACUGAUUCUUUCCGCUCGGUCUAUACUUUGAACUCGGGUAUCGCUGAAGGUAAAGCUGUAUCGGUCGGUCGCUACCCAGAGGACUCGUACUACAAUGGUAACCCCUGGUAUCUGUGCACCAUGGCUGCAGCUGAGCUUCUUUACGAUGCUCUUUACCAGUGGAACAAACUUGGUUCUCUUACCAUCAACAGUGUCUCGUUAGCCUUCUUCCAAGACAUGUACAGCUCAGCCGCCACUGGCACCUACUCCUCGUCGAGCGCAACAUACUCAACUAUUGUUAGCGCGGUCAAGACAUAUGCUGAUGGAUACAUGAGCCUCGUGGAAGAGUACGCCAUGACCAACGGUUCGAUGUCCGAGCAAUUUUCCAAGACCAAUGGAUCACCGCUGUCGGCGCGUGAUCUGACCUGGUCGUAUGCCGCUCUCUUGACAGCCAACAUGCGUCGCAACUCGAUCGUCCCGGCUGCCUGGGGAGAGACAUCUGCUAGUAGUGUUCCAGCGACUUGCAGCUCUACCUCGGCCACUGGCACGUACAGCACUGCGACCAACACGGCCUGGCCGACUACAUUGACCAGUGGAUCAGGAACCCCCACGACCACUGCGACGACCACUGCCACAGGUGGAACCACUACCACCAAGACCACUACUACCAGCAAGACAAGCACUUCGUGCACUACUCCCACAGCCGUAGCAGUGACCUUUGACCUUAUUGCUACCACUACGUAUGGUGAGAGCAUCAAGUUAGCAGGGUCCAUCGAUGCCCUUGGUGACUGGGAUACCAGCAAUGCGGUUGCCCUGAGUGCAGCCGACUACACCAGCUCCAAUAACCUCUGGUUUGUCACAGUCGACCUCCCAGCUGGAACUGCCUUUGAGUACAAGUACAUCCGAGUUGAGAGUGACGGGACUAUUGAGUGGGAGAGCGAUCCGAACCGCUCUUACACCGUGCCGGCUGCCUGCAGCACAACGGCCGUAACAGAGAAUGACACUUGGAAGUAG